AUGGCUACGGCAUACCCCUACCAUCAACCCAUUGAGGUCAUCCACAAUGCAUACACAGCUCAACAGACAACCGAAAUUGCGUCUCGAAUGGGAGCAGCGAAAGCCAACAUGAGAGUUGACAAGAUCUUCACAUCCUCCUUCAUGGCCGGAGCAAUUCUCGCAUUCGCUUGUGCCGCGGUAUCGACAGUCAACACAGCACCAUGGUACCAGGAGAACGCCCCAGGCGUAAUCAAACUAUUCGCAGCCCUCGUCUUCCCCUUCGGUCUCGUCGCAAUCAUCCUCACCGGUGCAGACUUAGCAACCGGCAGUUUCAUGUUCACCACCCUCUCAACCCUGCACCACCGAACAAGCAUCCUCAAAAUGCUCCAACACUGGGUCAUAACCUUCUUCGGCAACCUCGCCGGCUCCCUCUUCGUAAUGGCCAUCAUAGCCGGCUACGGCGAAAUCCUCUCCGAUGCCGCCUACCGCACCCAAACCAUCAAAUUCGCCACCACAAAAGUGGUCCAUCCGCCCUGGCACGCAAUCUUCAUCCGCGGAAUCGGCGCCAAUUGGCUAGUCUGUUUGGCUUGCUUCCUCGCCUGCGGAGCCCGCGAAAUGGUCUCUAAAAUCAUGGCCAUCUGGUGGCCUACUUUUGCCUUUGUGAUUUUGGGCUUCGAUCACGUUAUUGCCAAUAUGUUUUAUAUUCCCAUGGCUAUUUUCUUGGGGGCGGAGGAGAUUACGGUGGGGUUGUAUAUUUGGAAGAGUAUGAUUCCUGCUUUGUUGGGGAAUAUGGUGGGUGGUGGAUUGUUUGUGGGUGUGGUUUAUUGGUAUUUGUAUUUGGCUGGUAAUCCGAGCCCGGUUUUGAUUGACGGGAGUGCGUUUGGAGGGGCUCCGGUGGCUUUGUUUGGGGUCAAUGCUGAUGUAGAGGAGGAGAGGAGUCAUAGGGAGUCUGACAAGACUGACAUGGCUUAG